GUGAAGGGCAACAAAAUGGCAUCCCUGGCCAAGCUGCGACAGGCUACAGGGGUUUUGUGCUCGCGUUUUCUGGCAAGGGGCUAUGUUGCAUCAGGGACGUCUGUUUCAACAUCUGGUGUAGCAGAUCAGGAGGGUGGGGAUGUUCAGACAAUCACUGUCAGUGAGAAGAUGGAUAUCACUCAUCUGAGUGGCGUUCCAGAAGAACAUAUUAAAACUCGUCGAGUGAAGAUCUACGUGCCCGCCAGAAACGCCAUGCAGUCAGGAUCCUUUGGGACAAGAAAAUGGCGCCUUGACUUUGACACUCGGGAACGUUGGGAGAACCCUCUCAUGGGUUGGACCUCUACAGGGGAUCCCUUGUUCAACAUGCAGGUGGAUUUUAAGUCCAAGGAUGAUGCAGUUGACUUUUGUGAGAAAAAUGGAUGGGAGUACGUGAUUGAGGAGAAAGCAGUUAGGACAUUCAAGAAGAAAUCUUACGGAUCAAACUUUUCGUGGGAUAAGAAGACCAGAGUCUCUACAAAGUAACAGCAGCGUUUUUAGACAAAUGGAAUUACAUGUACUUGGACAUUUGAUGGACCAUGUGAUCGUUUGAUGCCCUGUUCUCGGAGAGACACCUGUUACAGAAUACUAACUCGAAACUUUGUACAUACAUAGGUACAGUAGAUGAUGAUUCUGCGCUUUAUUAUUAUAGGUAAAAAGGAUGUCACUCUAUCUGGAGAGGUUUGUGUCCUGACAUAUUCAGUCUAGAGCAACAACCAUCGUUCGUCACAAAGACAGUGUGUGAAGCAGUGCUAUUUACCCUUACCUCGUUGUUUCAGUAAAAUUAUUAUUGUCGGGUAGAUUUGCUUUUUGUGUUUGAUCUUUCCACAUGACCUUUAAGCCUGUAUAAGUUGUGAAGACGUCAGGGGAAAAUUUCAAAAUCCAUGUCUGAUUUUUUGAGUUAAAAUUUCAAUUCUUGUCACAUGGCUUAGUUGUUGGUACUAAAAAUGAAAUUUUAAUGCUAAAAAUAAGCCCUAAAGUCCUAUUUCUCUGAAGUGAGAAAUGACUUCGUGGAAUAUUCCCUUGUCACCAGGAUCACGGAAGAUGUCAAACCAUGUCUUAACUUGAAAACUUAUUCCUGAAUGUUGAUUUGAGUUUUAACAAACUUGCAGUUUUAUCACGAAGUGGUAAGACAAUUCUUACUGUAAUUCUUUAACCUUUUCGUAUGUUUGCAAGGUGUUUAUUCAGGUGUAUUCUGAAUGCAUUAUUCUGUGUUGACUGAUAAAAUUAUACUUUUCUGAAGCCCUGUAACUGGCUAAUAAAAUCAAAUUAAAAAUGUGCAUAAAUUGCACUGAGAGUUACUCU